AUGAAGGUCGAGUUUGCCCCCAUCAACAUCCCCCUAAAGAGGAGGAUCCAGACAGUCGCCGUGCUGCAGUGGAUCUUCUCCUUCCUCCUGCUGGCAGAGUUUUGCUGUGGAUUCUUCGUGAUCCUGAUCCUGGGCAACUUCUGGUUCCUCGCUGUUCUGUACCUGCUGUGGCUCUACCUCGACUGGGAAACGCCAUGCACAGGGGGCAGACGGUCCCAGUGGGUCAGAAGCUGGACUGUUUGGAAGUACUUUAGGGAAUACUUUCCCAUUCACCUUAUAAAAACUUCAGAUCUGAGUCCAAAUCACAACUACUUACUUGGCUUUCACCCUCAUGGAGUCCUGGUAGCUGGAGCCUUUGGAAACUUUUGCACCGGUCCAAGUUUCAAAAAUUUAUUUCCUGGGCUUACUCCAUAUCUUCAUAUCAUGCCCAUCUGGUUUGGCUGUCCCUUCUUCAGAGAAUACAUAAUGAGUGCUGGAAUGGUUUCUGCAUCCAAGGAGAGCGUCUCAUACGUGCUGAGUAACGAAGGAGGUGGCCACGCGUCCAUCAUUGUGAUCGGAGGAGCAGAGGAAUCUCUGAAUGCACAUCCUGGAAGUUUAACUUUGAACAUCCUCAAGAGGAAGGGCUUUAUUAAAAUGGCCUUGAAACAUGGGGCUCAUCUGGUCCCAGUGUUUUCCUUUGGUGAAAAUGAACUAUUCAAGCAAGUUGCAAACCCCAAAGGUUCAUGGCUCAGAAAUGUACAGGAGAAGCUGCAAAAGAUAAUGGGCUUUGCUUUACCGCUGUUCCAUGCUAGAGGAGUAUUUCAAUACAGUUUUGGCUUAAUACCUUACAGGCAACCUAUUCAUACUGUUGUGGGAAGCCCCAUCCCUGUAAAACGGAACUUGAACCCCACCACUGAAGAGAUUGAGCAGCUACAUGCAUUGUAUCUACAGAAACUAAGAAAAUUAUUUGAAGAACACAAAAGGAAUUAUGGGAUCCCUGAGCAUAAAUCUCUCAUCUUCGAGUAG